AUGAUACAUGAUCCGGUGAUUGCAAUAGAUAGGUUCAUAAAUGAGUUGACAGUCUCUGUCAUGUUAGAAGAGUCACUUGGUGGUAUGAUAUUAGAUGAAGGAAUGAGUUUAAUAGAUAUGGAUGUUAUCAGGUCACAAAGGCUGUGGAGCGAGGUUCUGCAUCAAAAAGCAAGGUUUAGGGCACUGGAUUGCCUAAUGUCAAGGCUAGCCAAUAUAAAACAUGAACGUAUUGUGAUGCGAAUUCUGUGGAGCAUAGAUUUUGCUAUUGAAAAGACAAUAUUCUCACCAAGAGAAAUCGCUCAUUCACUGGUAUGUUCAGAGCAUCUGCGUGUGGAGUCUCCCAUCUUGUUUCGGUGUAUAUUUAAGCUUCUUCUAAAGCUAAUUUUCUUUCUGGAUUAUAAGAGCAACCGUGAAGUUUUUAAUAAAAGCAUUGAAAAGUCAUCACAGUUUACAGAGAAAAUGUUCUGCGACCGCACCUUGUUUUAUACUAUUGACCCUUCAUUAGAGUUAAUACAGCUACUUUUAUGUCGUGAAAUAUGCCUGAUGCCUGCCUACUUCGCUAUGCAUGAGCUAAUUCGAAAUUUUUCUAGCGAAUUUGGCGACGCUCCUCAGUUUAUUCAAACAGAAUUCAACAACUUUAUGGACAGUUUCAAAAGGCCUGCGCGCUUGCUGUAUUCGAGAGUUUACCAUGCCAUGACUCCUUUCUGCGGAAUAACCUCAUUGAGUGCUCCAAACUAUAGACUGGAUUCUUCUAAUCUCGUCUUGACUUCUAUUAAAGGUGCUAUGCGAUAUCCUGAAUUUCUUACAAGCUCACAGUUGCCUCUUUUGUGUACAGUUUUGGGUCAGCUGCGAAGUUUUGAACUUACAACCGGAAUGCUUGAUCCUGCGAGUGGAAAAGUUAAAACUCGAUCUGUGGGCCUGGAACUUGCGUUGGUCGAAUUAAUUGUUCAGGUUAUGGAACUGUUGGAAUGUACAAACGACGAAGCGUGGAACCGUACAAUAUUCGAACAUUUAAUAAGUGUUAUGAUUACCUUCAUGCUGAACAGCACGGUUAGAUUUAAUGAAAUCGUUGUCAAACUUAAUUCAAAACUGGAAGGUCGUACGUGGACUAAAUCAAGUCAUUAUGUAAUGUGGUUCGUGCUAAAUGCUACUUCAGGAUUCAUUGGAAAAAAUAUGUUAACAGAUUUUGUCCCUUGCCUCCGGCUUUUCGAUAUUUUGUUCCCUGAAGCUGAAGAUCCUGACCGAGCUAUCGAUCUCCCUAUACCAUGUUGUAGUAGGAAGGAUUCCACUGGUCAGUCAAAUGAUAAUGAGAUUAGUUUAACACAAAAAGAUGGAGUUCUGCCCAAAAACAUAUUAGGCAACGAACUAAGCAGUACAACAGAAAAUACUAAGUUUAGUGUUUCUCAAUUUCAUAUCUCCAAAAAGAUGGAUAUCGAUAACUCUGAUUUCAAUCGUGAACUUGUUACCCAUAAAGAUAAUGAAAAUGAAGUACAGGAACAAAGCUCCACUUCUGCUGAGGAUUCGGACAACGAAUGUAUUCAGAAUGAAACCGAGAGUUUACUUCCUCCCCACUUCCGCUCCUCUACAGCUUGCUGGAAACGCCAGGGUCGACUUUUGCAUUUGGCUACAGCACCUGUUUGCCUUUGGCAACAUGUUUUACGUAAAAGUCGACUUGGUCAAGAUCAUCUACCACGUGUUAUGCCACCAGCACUUAGACCGAUAGAAUCCCGUAUAUCACGUCGUAUGCAAGCACUAGUACAAUCUGUCAGUUCUACUCAAAUAUCUAAUAGUUCUGUUAAUCUAAUUUCAAAGUUGACAUGGAACCAACUUUUCGUUGUACUAAAUGCUUUUAGUACAGACAAUGAAGUUAGUCAAUUAAUACAAAGGUUGAUAGACACAUUCUGGACAAAUGAAACUGCAAAGGAUAAUCAGAAACUGGAACAUGGAGUUUUAUGGUCACGAUUAAUAAAAAAUGGAAAAAUUGAUUUUCCAUACGACCUAUCUGCCUAUGGUCGCCUACAACCUUUGUCUCACCAUCUUAUGCGCACAAUGUCUGUUCAUGUAAGAAUGCUAGUCUUACACUUUUUCCUACAAAAAUUCUCAGUCCUUCCAAAUUCCAAUAUGCUGUCUACACCAGCUGUUAUAGAAACUUUUUGCCGUAUUCUAACUUGUCGCGAAGUGGAAUCAAAUAGCGUGAAUAGGAUUUUGUGCUUAUUAACUAAACUCCAACCAUUAUGGUCUUACAAUACCUCAAAUAUGGAACCCAAAUAUACCAUUUUAUGUAGUACCACUGAUCCAAAAGUCUCUAAUUACUUUACGUGCUCACUUGUUUACACACUGCUCGAUACAUUAGGGUUCCGUCUUGCAGAUAUACUUACGCCGGAGGUUCGAAUCCAUACUCUUACUUCGUUAAUAGGUUUAAUGAAAUUGUGGUCUAAUUGGAGUACUUCUGUUCUCGAUAAUAAAGAACCUAAAAAUCUUUGUGAUGGAGGGAUUAACGAAAUUCCUAUUGAACUGCAAUAUUUAUUGGAUUGGAACAUCAUAAAAUUUGUGCGUAGCAUACAAGCACCAGAUUGUGUAAUUUAUGGGUUUUGUUCAGCUCUUACCUCUUCUACUCUUACUCAAACGCAGCCGGGAACUAACAGUUUACACUCUGUUAAUAAUUCUGCGUGUGUAUCGCAACCACAAAAUUCGAACAUAAUAUCACAACAGGGCAGUGGUUUGAUGAAUAACACAACUGGUGGCUCUGUUCCAAUUAAUCGACCAUUUAUACCUGUAAAUACAGGCGUACCGACUUCGAUUCCAUCUUCUAGUAUUAUACAACCACCGAUUGAUCCUAUAUUAUCCUCGAAUACGGGUGUGAAUUCACUUACAAGUGGAUCAGGAAGUGCGAGUUUUCCGAAUUCAAUACCUGGUUACCCAUUCUUAAUGUGUGAUAAUGUUGAAGUUAAUCGGUUUGUACUAUACUCCUUAUUACAAAUGUAUCAUACGUUUGAUUUGGAAGAAGCAAGUGGAAUUCGGCCGAAUCUAGUUGAACAAAUUCGCUCCAUGUGUGAACAGUGUGGUCCAAAUAGUCUGAUAGAUUUACCUCAGCUAAUCACAAAACGUUUGCCUGAUUUUCUAAUUCUUGUUAUACGUCAGUUAACUAAUCCAAACACAGGUGAAUUUAACAUUGGUAGUCUCCCAUCAUCGGAUCCCAUGAAUGUAGAGUCAAUCGAAUCAACUUUACCGUAUACAGAUAAAUCUACUAGUUUAUCUAAACUUUGUUCAAUGGUACAAGAGGAGUACACUUGUUUUUCUAAUGGGAAUUUUGAAUGGAGCAAUACAGUUAGUCGGAGUAAUGUGUUCUUAUGUUUAUUGUUUCGGUAUUUUAUGGAAUAUCAAAAUAUACCGAACAAACCAAUCAGUCUUUUACACCAUAUGUCUGCCAAAUUUCUCAAUCGACAACUUCGUAUGCUUUGUGAUUACAUAGUGUCUUCUUUGACAUUCACUGCACAAGUAAAUUUUACAACUGAGAAGUGUCUUUCGACAUUGUCAGAUUUCUGUGUACGUUGGCGUGUUGUUUCGUUAGAUCGAUUUCUAUUGUUCUUGCUCAUGCAUACAAGAUACCAACAUUCACAACUCUUUACUGUAAAUCGAAUCAUUGUUUAUCUGUUUACACAAUCGGAGCAAAUCACUAAUGGGAUAAACUAUAUGGAUAAAAAAUAUGAGGCUAAUCCCAUUAAUAGCGAUUCAAAUACACUGAGAAAAUCACCUCAUUCUGACCCAUUGUCUAGUCGGGAUUGGUUUUCGUGUAUUCGUGCUUUGCAUGAAAUUAUUCCUGAUCAAUGGAUUACGUAUCCAAAAACUUGUACAAUAUCUUCUAAUACUAGUAACGAUCCAUCAGAUGAAACCGACAAACCUCCUUAUUUACCUGUAUUCUAUGGUCACUUGUUAUUACGUUUAUUACCAUUGUUAGAAGUUGUAAUAAUGCAGUUCUUAAUGUGUGAAGUGCCAUUUGUUCUAUUGAUACCAUUUUGCCGAGCCAUUGCUCCUUUGUUUCGUUAUCACAGGCGUCCAGUUAAUAUCUGCUAUACAUUAUUACGUGAUCAUGCCGAAUUCACUAUGAAAGGUUUACUGUAUAAAUUAUCACAUCUAGGCUAUCCAGCAUAUCAUUCACAGUUGCCAGCCACUAAAUAUCUGGAUACUUCACCUUCAUCUGAAUCAGAUAUGGACAAAAUUCCAUGGAUUGUUGAUCGUUUAUUGUGUCAGUUAUUCGUUCACUGCAUAAUUAGUAAACACCAGCAGCUAGCUAUGAAAGCAGCGUUAACUCGUUCUUCAAAAGGUUUUGACCAACAAUGUAGUUCUGUAAAUGGUAUAUUUACACAACAAGGGUGGAAUAAUCUUCAGUUGUGUGUAAAGCAGUCAGAAGUAUUUUACGACGUAAUAUGUAGAAAUCCCAGUAAUGUUACUAGUGAUUGUAAUGUUGUUCAUGAUAACACAGAUCGGUCUGUUGUGAAUAUUUUACUUAAUCCAGAAUCAUUUGAGACACAGUUCAGGUCAAUGUUUAUGACAUGGUAUUCCUGUAAUAUAUUUAAAUACAAUUGGGAAUAUUUAUUUGGAUUGAUUGAUCCAAUAUGUAAAAGCAACCAAAGACAUGGAAUUUAUGGGCAUUCAGCAGCAUGGAGAAUUUGGAAUUAUGAAGAGUCCGUAUGCAUUCAAACUGCAGGAUUAUAUGCUGCCUCAAUUGAACUAAUGUCCAAUUUUAUGUUGCCUAAUGAAUUGACAUCAGUUGUGUCUGAUUUCCUAACUAAUUGUGCGAAACAUAUAAAUUUCAAUCAACUACAAAAUAUCACUGGCGCCCUAGCUGUUAUUUUACCUAGUGUUUACCGAUUUCCUCUGUUUAAAUUUUGCGUCACCCUAUUCAAUGACCCAAUUCUUUGUGACACCACACCUGAAUCGAAUCCAACAGAUCCAGAAAAUAUGUUCACGUGCAUCUCUGAUGUAAAGUUUACUAAUGAUCAUAAUACUAAUACUAAGUGGCGUCGUUCAUCAAGAGCUUUACGUCAUAGAAAAUUGCUAGAUGUUAAUUUAACCUCUGUAGAUAACGUCACUUUAACAUCUGAAGGUGCAUCAUUUAAAGACGGAAAUACUUCACUGCUAAAACCACCAAAAGUAGCUUUGCAUUUCUUCAAAAAAUAUCUUCCAUUAGAUCAGAAAACAGACUCUGAUUUGGUCGAUACACUUAGUAAUGGGGGCUGUAGUGUUAUUGAGAUACCACAUCAAAGUGCUGAAGCAAACCAAACUCUGAAGAACAAUUUCAAUAACUCGGACUUUUCGUCCGAUGUGACGGAAUACCUGAUUAAAGCUAAUUUAUGGCAUUCAAUUUGGGCACAUGCUAACACAUCACAUCUAGCAUCGUUACCUGGCAUUUUCUCAGAUCUCAUCUUACCGGAAUUGCACACUGAAGCUCAACUAUUGAUGGCAUUUUAUCUGGUUGCACCAUUAAUGGGAUCUUUGCACUCAGAGCGUCCAGCAAAAUUAGUCGAUUUAACUGCUGAACUUUACAGAGCUGUUUGGAAAGUUGAUACUAUUUUAGCUAAAUCAAACUAUCAAAAAUCCAGUGAUUCGGAAAUUUCAAUGGAUAUAAGUAAUUCAAAACAACUAGGCGAACAUUUACCUUCGGAAACCGGUAUACCAUUAGUACAUGUUGAUACAAUAGCUGAUUUAUUGUAUCAUAUUAAAUAUAUGUACGUAGGCAAUGGCGUGCUCGAUCAAGUUCGCCCACUACUGCCACAACUUCGACCAAGUUUGCGUAAACGUCUCAAAUUCAUAUUACCUCAAGAUUCAUCGAUAUCACAGCAGCAACAAAAUCAAAAUGAUUCACAUCCAAUAUUUGAAGGUCGCGUAUAUCGUGCAUCUAUUAAACCGCCAUUGUGUAAUGGAGACUUUUGA